CUGUGUCCAUGGUAACACACGUGUGGGAUCAAACCCGAGAUUUACAUGUUUCACAACAAAUCUUUGUUUAUUAUAGACUAAUGAAAACACACACAGCUGAUCCAAAGUCAGAUUACUCACAGCGCUGCACAUGUGUGUGUGUGUGUGUGUGUGUGUGUGUGUGUGUGUGUGUGUGUGUUGGUGGGCGGGGCCUGUGGCAGCAGAAGGUUCAUUGUCUGAGGAGGCAGAGAGAGGGUGGAGCGAGCUGCACAGAGACUGCAGCCGGGAGAGAGAGAGACAAAGAGGUGGGAGGCCGACUCUCUCUUUCUUUCUUCGUGUGGGGGAGGAGAGGGGGAGGAUUAACCGGCUGAUCUGCCACACGCGCUCUCACACACACACACACACACACACACACGCACACACACAUUUCAGACAAAUAAACACACAAUAACACAACAGCCAAGCAGGCUUCAUCUGGAUCAGCAGCAGAAGCAUCAGCAGCGGCGGCAGUGGCGGCGGUGAGGGCAAGAGACAAAGAGACAGACAGAGAGAGAGACAGGCAAAGAAGAGGAGGAGGCAGACGCUCUUCAUCGUCUGAGGAGUCAGACAGGAGAAAGAGAGAGACAGGCCUUCAGCAGUUCGACCGCCUGUCUGCGUUCACAGUGAUGGCCGACCACAUGUUCCUGUGUGUGUGCUGAGUGUGUGUGCUGCUGUGGGUGGGUGUGUUCCCGUGUUCCUGCUCGGUGUGUGUUCACGGCGCAUGUGAUGGGUAAUGCCGAGAGCAUGGAGAGCCAGCUGGCCGUCAUCCGGUCCAGAGCCGCCCCGGUUCGACUCCCGAUGCCAGACCCGGCCGAGCUGGAAGAGAGGUUCUCCAUCGCACUGAAUUCAAUGAACCUGCCACCUGACAAGGUGCGUCUGCUGCGUUCCUACGACAAUGAAAAGAAGUGGGAGCUGAUCUGUGAUCAGGAAAGAUUUCAGGUCAAGAAUCCUCCUCACACCUACAUCCAGAAACUGAGAGGCUUCCUCGACCCGGCCGUCACACGGAAGAAGUUCAGGAGAAGAGUUCAGGAGUCGACUCAGACGCUCAGAGAGCUCGAGAUUUCUCUUCGUACAAACCACAUUGGGUGGGUGAGAGAGUUUCUGAACGAGGAGAAUCGGGGUCUUGAUGUUCUGGUUGAAUAUUUGUCGUUUGCUCAGUACGCUGUCACGUUUGAUGGAGAACAGUCAGAGGCUGGAGGCGAGGUGUCGUCCAUCGACUCUCCCUGGAGUCGUUCGAUAGAAGAUCUCCAUGGUGACUGCAGCCUCCCCUCACCAUCCUCCUCUGUACCCCGAGCAGCUCGACACUCCAUCAGUUCGACUCUGGUGACUCGAUCCAACACGCUGCCGAGUCGUCGAACUCUCAAGAACUCACGACUCGUGUGCAAGAAAGAUGAUGUUCACGUUUGUAUUAUGUGUCUGAGAGCCAUCAUGAACUACCAGUACGGCUUCAACAUGGUGAUGUCUCAUCCUCACGCCGUCAAUGAAAUUGCUCUCAGCCUCAACAACAGGAACCCAAGGACAAAGGCUCUGGUCUUGGAGUUGUUGGCCGCAGUGUGUUUGGUCAGAGGAGGGCACGAGAUCAUCCUGUCGGCCUUCGACAACUUUAAAACUGUGUGCUCCGAGUCAAUGCGUUUUGAAAAGUUGAUGGAACAUUUUAAGAAUGAAGAUGACAACAUCGACUUCUUGGUGGCCUGCAUGCAGUUCAUCAACAUUGUGGUUCACUCUGUGGAGGACAUGAACUUCAGAGUCCACUUGCAAUAUGACUUCACCAAACUCAACCUGGAAGAACACCUGGAGCGGCUAAAGCACACAGAGAGCGACAGGCUGCAGGUUCAGAUUCAGGCAUACCUGGAUAACGUGUUUGAUGUUGGGACACUGCUGGAGGAUGCAGAGACCAAAACUGCUGCUCUGGAGAGAGUUGAGGAACUGGAGGAGAACCUGGCCACGAUGUCAGAACGUCUGCUGGAUGUGGAGAACGAAGCAAUGUUGAAGAUCGUGGAACUGGAGAAACAGCUGAUGCAGACCAACAAAGAGCUGGACCAACUCCGGGAUGUGUAUGCCAGUGCUAACUCACAGGUGCAUACCUUGCGGCGGAUGGUCCGGGAAAAGGACCAGACGAUCCGACGUCAGAGUCGUCUGGAGCGUCAGGCUCAGGAAGCACAGCAGGCCGGAGGACCCGGAGCUCCUCAACCGCAGAGAGGAGAGGGCGAUGGAGGGGUGGCUGAUUCUGCCUCUCCGUCACCUCCACCCUGUCCUAACCUGUCCCCCAGCCCUGAGACUGUAGCUUAUCACAGCACGGGACCGGGGAUGGGCGGAGCCCCAGGCAUGCCGGCCCCACCUCCUCCACCUCCUCCUCCACCAAUGCCAGGCACAAGUGAGUUGAACCUUGCAGUGUCCAACGGACCGUAUCCAGCACCUCCUCCACCUGGUCCUCCUCCUCCUCCCCCUCCCCCUCCUCCUCCUUGUCGGACCAGUGAGCUCUCCUCCGUCCCCAUGCCCCCGCCUCCUCCACCUGUGGCCCCACCACUCCCAGGAACAGGGGGGUCGCCUACAGUCAUCUUUAACUCUGGACUUGCAGAGGGUCCUCUCAAGUUGUUCUCGGUGAAAAUAAAGAAGCCAAUCCAGACCAAGUUCAGGAUGCCGGUGCUGAACUGGGUCGCUCUGAAGCCAAGUCAGAUCAACGGAACCAUCUUCAAUGACAUCGAUGAUGAGUCCAUCCUGCAGGACCUGAACGUGGAGGAGUUCGAGGAGAUGUUUAAGACCAAGGCUCAGGGUCCAGCCGUGGACCUAACGCUGUCCAGGCAGAAGCUUCCUCAGAAACCUCCGUCCAAAGUUUCUCUGCUGGAGGCCAACAGAGCCAAAAACCUGGCCAUCACGCUGAGGAAGGCCGGCCAGGGGUCAGAGGUCAUCUGCCGUGCCAUCCAAACGUUCGACCUCCGGACCGUUCGAGUGGACUUUGUAGAGUGUCUGAUGCGUUUCCUGCCGACGGAGGCUGAGGUGAAGCUGCUACGGCAAUAUGAGAGGGACCGAAAACCUCUGGAGGCGCUAAGCGACGAAGAUCGCUUCAUGAUGCAGUUCAGUCGCCUUGAAAGACUAGGCCAGCGCAUGACCAUCAUGACUUUCAUGGGCAACUUCAGCGACAACGUCCAGAUGUUAACACCGCAACUCCACGCCAUGAUCGCAGCCUCAGUUUCUAUAAAGUCAUCUCAGAAGCUGAAGAAGAUCCUCGAGAUCAUCUUGGCUUUGGGAAACUACAUGAACAGCAGUAAGAGAGGAGCGGUGUACGGAUUCAAGCUGCAGAGCUUAGACCUGUUACUGGAGACCAAGUCGACCGACAGGACACAAACGCUGCUUCAUUACAUCAGCAACGUGGUGAGAGAGAAGUAUCCUGCUGUGUCUCUGUUUUACAACGAGCUUCACUACGUGGACAAGGCUGCCGCAGUGAGUCUGGAGAACGUGCUGAGUGACGUGAAGGAGCUCCAGCGCGGCAUGGAGCUCACCUGGAGAGAGUUCAGCGUGUCGCACAACGCUACGCUCAAAGACUUCAUCAGCAGGAACGAAUCACGGCUCAGCAAACUGCAGGAGGACGCGCGCAUUGCUCAGGAUGCCUUUGAAGAUGCCGUGAAGUUUUUCGGAGAGAGUUCAAAGACGAUGCCGCCGUCCGUCUUCUUCCCAAUCUUUGUUCGUUUCAUCAAAGCCUACAGGCUGGCUGAGGAGGAGAACGAGCAGAGGCGGCGUCAGGAGCAGAUGUUGUUGGAGAAACUGGAACAGGAGGAGCAGCAGGAGGAGGAAGAGGAGACCAGGUCUCCAUCCCACAGGGGGAAGCGGCAGCAGCAGGAGCUGAUCACGGAGCUCAGAAGGCGCCAAGGAAAAGACAGCCGCCAUGUUUACGAGGGGAAGGACGGCGCUAUCGAGGAUAUCAUAACAGCUCUGAAGACCGUCCCCUUCACGGCUCGGACUGCCAAACGCAGCUCUCGCUUCUUCUGUGACCCCGCCCACACAGAGGAGCACUAUUAAGAGGUCGCGAAGAGCGACAACGCCCACUUUUUAUCGAUGGGACCAAUUAGCACUUUGAACUUUUCUGAUCGCUCUAACUGAUGACAUCAUGUUUUCUAUGUUAUUUUAUUGGUCUCUUUGUGCAUAGACUGGGCGCCCACACACCUGACCUCUGCUAAACCGGAUCGAUCGGAAGGACGCCCUGUCCUGCUGUGAUUGGCUGUUUGGCUGUCAGGUGAACACUUCAGCAGGUGUUUUAAACACCUCUUGACUGAAGUCCAGCAGCAUGACAGAACAAUCAGGGCGCAGCGUCCCUCCAGCUGAUCUGAUAUAGUCCUAAUCAUUGCCUUUCCUCCUCGCCACAGACAUAAAAUAACACCUGAUUAGAUCACAUGACCUUCCCAGCAAAUGUUCCUCAGAGCACUUUACAGACUGAACCUGACCUUUGACCUCUCCUGACAAAGAUCAUGUGGUCUGUCGUCAGAUAGAAUUUCACUUCCUGGAACCAUGCGGCUCUGAACGCCGUUGACUUGACAACCGAGAACCCGCAGUGCUAAAAACAAAGUCGUGUCUAGCCACAGGUGGUGCUGUAGAGCAUCAUUUGGGUUUGGACUGGAGCAAAGGCGCACACAUGCCUUUUCACACCACGAGGGCUAACAAACACGUGAAGGGUCAAAGGUCGGGGGGGUCAGAGUGCAUGGGCUUCUCCGGUCUGUUUCUUUAACUGUACAGGGUUCUACCUUCACUAUAUUCUACUGUGUUCUACUGUAUCUACUGGCCUUACUGCAGGUACCAGAGCCUCACUGAAGUAUCACUCUGUUUACCUGUGGCUCCACCCCUUCUCCACCCUCCUGAGCCCACACCUGUCAGUUAACCUGUUAAAUUGCAGAGACUCACCAGCAACAACAUGCUGUUCUCCAGCUGUUCAUGCACACACACCUGCACAGCUGGUCACCCAAAGGUCACAAAUCAGUUAACGCUGCAGUGUGGAGCGUGGCACAGAGGGGCCGCUGUAGCUGAAACCCGAGGAACUCCCACCUGUGUACCGGAAUCCACCUGAGCAGGUUCACGAUGACAGCGAAGUUGGCAGGUGGGGCUCUGUGCUCGACUCACCUCGACUCCCACCGAUGUACCUGUAGUGUUUCUGCAGUCCCCGUUUCCUUUUGGAGGUCCAGUCUCAGACUUUAGAGCCUCCCCUUCUCUCCUCUUCAUCAUUUAGAUUCAAAGAAGACAAAAAAAUGGCAGCACAACGUUUUCUAUGUGUACAGACAUUUUCUAGAUCACCGUGUAGCAAUGCUUGUACGUGUCUGUGUUUGUGUUUGGUGGUGAUUCUGCACUCGGUGUGUAAAUAAAGCGCACCUUGUCAACAUGAUGCAGUCUGUUCUGUUUGACACUACAUUACCCACAAUCCCUCUGAUGUCACUCAGGUUUUAUUUCCAACAUAAAGCAUCAUUAAUCUGUGUGACUGAUGAUCGUUAAUUAUAUAUCAGUACACUAAUUGAUUGACAAGUAAUCAGCAAACGUUGAUUAGUUCAUCAUGUUGAUGUGUGCUGUGAUUGGCUGUUAGCGUUCA